AUGGGUUCCCUUUCACUGGAAUUCGAGGGACUCACUGACGAUGAUACACAGUCUAUGUUGUCCGCUGCUCCAGAUUCACCUCACGCUGGCUUCGGAGAAAAUUAUCCCAACACGAGGUCACAAAUUGGACUCAGCCAGCACAAUUUAGCAGCAUUCAAUAGCUUAUUCCAAUCCCAUGAUGACGCACUCGCAAAGGAUGUCCCGGCAAAGCCAGAGUCCUCCUGCCACACCACCGGCACUAACUCAUCUCGACCACAGUUUGUGCCUCCGAAAGGUCCCCGAAAACAGCAUCGGACCGGUUUCCGGCAGUUGCCCGGAGCCAAUGGCGUUGUCAAGAGGGGUAGACCUUCCAAGAACGAAUACAAACUUGCUGGUGUCGAAGUUGACAUGUACGCCCUCAAGGGUGUCACUCUUAAUGGCCCGGCCAAAUCCUUGGCUGAAGUCAAGGGCGGUGAAGUCGUGGCCAAGAGGGCGAUCAGCAGGGGCAGCCAGAGGAGCAGGGCCCAAAAACCGAAGAGCUCCGCGUCAACUGCUGCCAGAGCGAAGUCCGCAUCUGGACUAUCACAAGCGAUCCAGGAGGAAGCUUUGGUGCCCGAAGAAGUCACAUUGAUGCCGAACCAAAGCCACAGAGACAGUCAAGAUAUGCUGUUUUCAGCCGCAGAAGGAUCUUCAACUUACAACUACGACCAAGCUUUGUGCGAGCCCAACAUCGAAAAUUCAACUCAGUCAUCCGCUUUCCAAUCCCUGAAUGAUCAGAUCGCAUCCCUACUUAGCACUGAAUAUAAUAACGGGAUUACACCCCAGUACAACUUCGGUUAUUCUCAGUGGGAUCCAAGCAUGAUGGCCGACCCUGGCUUUGAGCCAUUGAAUGACCCUCAAUCACUGGCUGGCCUGCAAGAAUUCGCCAACCUUCAACAGCAAUCAUCUCACCUUCCAGCUCUCAACCCACCCCAAUCUUCCAGUCCCCAGCCUGACCCGAAUCUGGACCCACGCCUGAAUUGUCCCAGCUUGAGUCUGCCUUGGCAGGAGCAGCUGUAUGCCAAUCCUACCUUUGGCCUUGAUGGUAGUCUCCCGAACCCCAACUCCCAGACGACUGUUUACAACGAAUAUGCGUGCCCUUCAGUCUUCCAGAACUUGCCGCUUUAA